UAUCUUCGUCAGAACCUAUCUAGUAAUUAUCCAACAACUUUUAUACGAGCAGAUACUUUAAAUGAAUGUGAAAUAAAAAUGAAUCCGAUAUUAUUCGUAGCAUUCUUAUCAAUGUUCCCAUUGGUACAGAUGGACGAUCCUCUAACAUUUUGGACAAUAGCAGUCGAGCAUGAUCCGAGCGAACAAUAUAGAUUCCUGCUCAAAAUUACCAAAGACAUCAACACAAUUAAGAAAAAAAUUGAAGCAAUUCCAAGGAACAAUUUUUUGGAACAAAGUACCAGGGAACACAUAUUGAAGCAUGUACCAGCUAGUUUAAAAAUUAAUGACAGAGACGCUCGCACCGUUUUGCGUGAAAAAAUCGUGGCAAUUAAUGAAAUGCAAACAAAAACAAUUAAGCAAAUAGAUGAGACAAUUUGCAAUAGAAUUUCAUUUAAGUCACAAGGCAUAUUAGAUCCAAGUAUCGUAGAAUCGUAUAAAAAUUGGGUCAAAAAUCCUUAUGACAAUGAUCAUCUUAAACGAAUCAGAGCUGAAUAUCCAACGAUAAAAUCGAAAUUUGAAAAUUGGCAAAUAAUCUUCAUUGAGGAAAUGAAAGCAGCAGAUGAAUUAAGAGACGAAAUUAAUGCCAAUGUGAAUGCAAGUAUCUCUAUAAUUAAGUCUAUACUGGCGGAACCUGAGAAAGCAUCAGAAACAGCUGAGCUGUACUUCAAUGGUAUAUUAGAUUCAAUACUCAAGAGACAAAAAAAGUUGGCGAAACGGCUUGAAACCGUGGCAGACGUCUUAUUUAAGUACAACGAGGAACGCAUGAAAUGUAUUGAAUUCUUAAUAGAAAUGCGCAAUGGACUUGAUUCGGAACCAAAAAUAGUUCAACUAGUACCAAAAAAUCAGAAGAGCAAAAGCAAAAAACAUUGAUAUAUUACGAACAUUUCGCUUUUGAUCCGUAAUACCGAUUUGGAAUUUAAGUGGAAAAUUGCAAACUUGAUGCAAUAGAUCUUGUAUGAACAUUGGGUAUAAAGAAAAUAAUAAAAAUUCAAAAGUUUUCAAAUCUCGUUUA